AUGUCGCAAGACACUGGUCUGUUCAGUAUCAAGCGCCCCCCUCGAGAGACCCUCGGGAGUGUGCAAAAUAUGUCCGCUAUCCCCCAGCCCGCAUCGGCGAUGAAGCGUGGAAGCUCCAUCGGAUUCGGAAACCCCCCGUACACCUCUUCGAACCACCGAGCCUCUCUUAUGGGCUCUGCUGGCCGACCACAACAACCCAAUUUUACGCGCACGUCAAUGGGUGGAGUUUAUGGCGCUGAUGCUGGUCUUUCGUCCGUUCGUCGAUCCGUGUCGAGUAACAUGUUCGCGGGAGCCAGCGGCCGACAAAGCUAUGCGCCAGGAUCGAGUAACAUGUUUGCUGGAGCCAGCGCCGGUCGACAAAGCUACGCGCCGGGAGCUAUUUCCACAAGCACACCCCAGAACCCCCAGCGCCGAAGCAGUGUCUUCUCGCGACCUUCGACAGGAGGAGGUCCAAUGGGUCAUCAAUCAUUCUUCACUCAAGUCCCUACCGUGGCCGGUGUUCCCAGAGACCCGCGUCCGCUCAGAGACCGAUCUUUCCAGGCGCGAAUUGGCCAAGAGCUGUUGGAAUACUUGACACUACAUGGAUUCGAGUUGGAGAUGAAACAUUCUUUGGGACAAAACACUCUUCGCUCACCAACCCAGAAAGAUUUCAACUACAUCUUCCAGUGGUUGUAUCACCGCAUUGAUCCCGGUUACCGGUUUCAAAAGGCCAUGGAUGCCGAGGUACCACCGAUUCUGAAGCAAUUGCGCUACCCCUACGAGAAGGGCAUCACGAAAUCGCAAAUUGCAGCCGUUGGUGGCCAGAACUGGUCAACCUUCCUUGGAAUGCUACACUGGUUGAUGCAAUUGGCACAGAUGAUGGAUCGCUAUUCGUCUGGCGAGUAUGAUGAUGCUUGUGCCGAUGCGGGUGUUGAUGUCACGGGUGAUCGUAUCAUCUUCCGUUUCUUAACACACGCCUACCACGAUUGGCUGCAGGGUGGUGAAGACGAAGAUGAUGACACUGCAGAGAAACGAUUGGUUCCGCAUGUCGAAGCCAUGUCUCAAGAGUUUGCUCAUGGAAAUGAGCGCUAUGUGCAGGAGCUGGAGGCUUUGGAGGCGGAGAAUCGGGCUCUACGGGACCAGAUCAAAGAAGUGGAGAAGAGCUCCCCUGAUAUGGCCAAAUUGGAACAGCACUUCCGCAUUCUAGAAGACGACAAGCGGAAGUUUGAGGAUUACAACCAGAAUGUCAGAGGAAAGAUUGAAAAGUACGAAACCCGUAUCAAAUUCCUCGACGCGGAGAUCCAGAAAACCGACGUCGAGCUCCAGACAUCUGAAGCGGAACGCGCCGAACUUCAGGCCAGUGUCGACCGCCAGGGAAUCACCAUUCAGGAUAUCGACCGCAUGAACUCGGAGCGAGAACGUCUCCAAAAGAGCUUGGAAGAUACCAUGGCUCGUUUGGAAGAAACACAUGCGCGUGUCAUGGAAAAAGAAGCCGAGGCCAGCCAAAAACUGGAAGACCUGGAACAGAUCGUCAAGGCCUACAACACGCUUGGCUACCAGACAAGCCUGAUUCCUUCGGGUGCCGAGAACGCCAAGGGUCAAGAUUAUGAGCUCAGCUUGAACAUUAAUGAGAGCAAUUUCUCCACGAGUCAGAUCGGUGGUCCGCCCAGCCGCAUUUCUCCCGAGGGGGAUCGUCUACUGGCGGAGCCUUUCACAGGCUACCACCCGGCACAUCUGCUCAGCUUGGACCUCCGGGGUGCCGUGCGAAACACUCUACAGUCUCUCCGGAAGGAAAUUAAUGAAAGACGCAAGCAAGGGAUCGACGAUGAUCUUGACCGACGCAAUCUACUUGAUAAUAUCAAGGAGGCAAUGGAUGAGAAGCGAAGCGAGGUCGAGGCCCUGGAACACCGGCGCCGGGCGGCUGAGGAGGAAUUUGAACGCACCAAGGAAAUCACCACUACUCAGAAGCUGGCCUCUGAUGCCCAAAUUGAGAAGAUGGAGAAGGAACUUGCCAAAAUGCGCGCUACACUCAGUGAUAGUGUCCAAUUGAUGGAGCAGCGUGAAAUGAACACCAACAUCGAGUACGAACAACUGACGCUUCGGGCCAAUUCUCUUCGGGAAGAAUUACACACCAACGUGGAGACUAUGCUCAACGAUGUGAUUCGCUUCAAGGUUCAUGUUCAAAAGGGUCUAGAAGACUACGAAAGCUUUGUUGUGGAUGAAGUGGAACAGGAGCUUGGGGGCGAAGAGGCCGAGGAGGAGCUAUGA